AUGUUAGAUGAUUUUACCAUUAAUCAAAAUCAAAUUGAAUUGAAUACAGUCGAUUUAAAUAUUGACAAUGUUAUUCAUUCAUCAUCAUCAUCAUCACCGUCAUCGUCAUCAUCAACGUUGUCAUCAUCUUAUGCAAUAUCAUCUGUAGAGAUAUGGGCACUUAUAUUAACAUUUUUAUAUUAUGCAAUAAUGAUUUGUUUAGGUAUAUUUUGUUGGUUAAAUGCUAAACGUAAAUAUAAAAAUCGUCAAAAAUCAAUAGAUAUUUCAACAUGGUCACGUUUUCAUAUUGGUCCUAAUCAAUUACAUAUUAAAUAUACAGAUGAUGAUGGUGAUUCUAUGACUAAUUAA